AUGAAAUUUUCUUCCCUCAUUAUUUUAGCCAACCUGGUUGAUAAGGAUCCCAACAAUCAACCCUCCUUAGAUCACCUUGCCUCUUCUCAUGUCAUUCCUGCUAGUGCUGCUAAUGAAUCAACCUCCUCUUCGAUUGCCUCUUCAUUACUUUCACCGCCUUCUCCCUCACUCGUCAGUCCACCCAACAUGUGGACUCGUCAAGACCUGAUUGAGUUCAAGACGACGCUGGCUGAGGACUCAGAUUCUGUGAUGAUGAUCGGCUCAGGGGAGAUGAUCACCGUAAGCAUACUCCUUAAUUAUGUUUUGAGCAUCGAUAGCAGAAAAAGUAUACAUCCUGUGAUUUUGAAGAGAUUAAAGAAAUGGAAAACAUCUAUUUUUACGAGGCUAACUUCAAAAUCCCUUUUUGAUACUUGUUUAAGCCCAUCCGAUCCAUAG